AUGGUACUACUACCGGCUCAGCAGGCUACACGCAAUGUCUCGGAGCAGCAUUUCGGUCCGACGCUGCCAUGCUACUUUGGCACAGGUGCAUAUAUCUUCGGUGGGCAAGCUGGUGUGAAUGCGCAUGCUCGUGCAUUUCCUUGGGUUACGCGCUUACUCUGCAGCGUGGUCAGGUCCUUGUGCCCUGCUGCAUACUUCUCCAAUGUCUUCUUGAGCUACAACAUUGCCAGCAAACCACAUGUGGACUGUCAUAAUCACCGUCAUGUGCCCAACUACCUAAUCCCUUUGUCCAGAUGGGAAGGAGGGGAUUUGUGGGUGGCGAGUCCUCGUGGAUGCACUCAGCGUGAGCCGGAGGGCCCUUGUGGCCGCGUAAUGCCCAUUAGUCUGCCAUAUAUCUCCUUCAAUCCGAGGGUGCAGCACGCGGUGCUGCCUUGGACGCGCAAUCGCUUUGUGCUGGGGGCUUUUCACAUUCGUGAAGACUGGAGGCUCAAUGAUGCUUCCAGUGAUUUUCUGAGUGACCAAGGUUUCCAGCUUUACUCCUUGCAGCCUGCCCGGAGUGAUCCGUAUAUGUGA